AUGGGGAAGCGCAAGCCCAUGCCUUCCGCCGCCGCUCGAGGAUCGAAGAACCAGCCAAAGAGGCCGAAGUCCGCGAAGCAGGGAGCUGAGUUACCGGAGGAGAAUCCCCAGCUGUCGGAGCACGAUGACGCAGAAAUUUUAGAUACAGAAUCCGGAGCUGCGGGGACUGUUCAACUUGACAAAAAAGCCAAUGGGAGCUUUCAAGGCACAGCUCAGAGUGAUGAAGAUGACAUGGAAGAUGAAUAUGACGCUCCUAGCGGUGAUGCGCCAGGUGAUACGAUAAACAAUGGCAAUGAUUGUUUUGAUGAAACAGAGACUUCACGUUCAUUUCAUCGUCAUGUAAGCCACAUCAUGACAAAUGAAGAAGUCAAGGCGUUGAUGAAGAAGAACUAUAAAUUUAAAUGGGAAAUGCCUGCUGUGGACAUUCCAAGGUCCAAAUGGGUUGGAACAGGUGAAAAAGUGCAGGAAGCUUGUGAUGAUCAUCUUCGUGAUGUCAAAGUAAAGUUGAGAGACCAUUGGCAACGUACGCUGUCUGAUCAUUUAAAUUCUCGAAUGAGCUUCUUCUCUCUUUGUAACAGUUAUCGUGACAUAAUGCAUUGCAAUAAGAAGCCAUUUUAUCUGAAAAGUAAUGGUCCUGAUUCCAGUACCAUGGACGCUUAUCUUAUGCAUGCUUUGAAUCAUGUUCAUAGGACGCGAGAUGUUGUAAUUAGAAAUGACGCGAAGCUUAGGAAUGACACUGACAGAGAUAUUUCGGAUGAUAAGACAUACCUUGAUCAGGGUUUUACGCGCCCAAAGGUUCUUUUCUUGUUACCUCUCAAAAGUUUUGCACGACGCAUUGUGAAGAGAUUGAUCCAGCUUUCUCCAUUGCCACAAAAGGAUAGUGCCAUGGGACAAUUUAAAAAGGAGUUUGGUGAAUCAGACGACGAGGGGAUACCUGAACAUAGCACAAAACCUGCAGACUUUGACCUUCUUUUUGCUGGAGAUAUUGAUGAUCACUUUCUUUUUGGCGUAAAAUUAACGAAGAAAUCUAUUAAGCUGUAUAGUAACUUCUAUUCUUCUGAUAUAAUAGUUGCAUCUCCUUUAGCACUGAAACGUAAAAUUGAUGGAGGAGAACAUGGCAAGGAGAAGGAUUUUGAUUUCCUAUCUUCAAUUGAAAUAGUUGUGGUUGAUCAUGCAGAUGUGAUAUCUAUGCAGAACUGGGAGCAUCUGGAGGCUGUGUUUGAACAACUUAAUCAGUUGCCAACAAAAGAACUUGGAACCAAUGUGAUGCGAAUUAGACCAUGGUACUUGGAUCAGCAUGCACAGUACUAUAGGCAGACAAUACUGUUGAGCUCAUACCUUACACCAGAGAUUAAUGCUUUAUUUAAUGGAUUAUGCUUAAAUUAUGAAGGAAAGAUUAAAAUGGUGACCGAGUAUGCAGGUGUUGUUCCCAAAAUACAACUUGAAGUGCGGCAGGUGUAUGAACGAUUUGAUGCAUCUUCUAUUGCUGAAGCUGAUGAUGCACGCUUUGAUUAUUUCUGCAACAAGGUAUAUCCAAAGAUCCAGGACUUGGAUGAGGGUGGAUUGCUGCUAUUCGUUAGUUCGUACUUUGAAUAUAUUCGAAUAAGCAAUUUCUUAAAAUUUAAGGAAGCGUCAUUUUGUCGAAUUGGAGAGGCUACAUCACAACAGGAUAUAUCUCGUUCAAGACUCUGGUUUUUUGAGGGCAAGAAAAAGAUCUUGCUUUAUAGUGAAAGAUCUCACUUCUACCACCGAUACAAGAUCAGAGGAACAAAGCAUUUACUAAUUUAUUCAUUGCCAGGGAGAAAAGAAUUUUAUCCAGAGCUUGUAAAUAUGCUAGGUGAAUCAGAGAACCGGAAGUGCAAUGUCCUUUUUUCUCGUCUUGACCUUCUUAAGAAACAUUCAUUUCAUGGAGUUUGUGAUCCAUAG